CAUUACUGCUGUUUCUUUUCCAUGCAUAAACACUCUGUUUGGACGCCUACAAUUGCUCAUAUAUAGCGAUUCAAAAAAGGGAAAAAUUGUUAAGUCUUCUAUUCAAGGAUGUUACAAUUUACCUGUCUGCUCUCCAACCACUUUAGCUAUUAAGGUAUUCAAAUUCAAUUGCCUUCGCUUGUUUUACACAGUCGAUGUUAGUGGGUGCCUGAAAUUCCGAUGGAGAAGAGUGACCUUUUUCAACUAAUAAAUAUUAGCCAAUCAAGGGCCGCAAACAAAAAGAUAACAAGCUAAUUUUAAUGCUCGAGGUUAGAGAAAGCUCUACUUCUCAAUCUUGUCAGUUCCUAUUUACAAUUAAAGAUUCCACAGCAACAUGAGGAGUCUUAAUGCAAUUCUCCUCGUCGUAGUUCAAUUCAUUCUGUUUGCUACCAUAACAUCAGCACAAGCGAGUCCCAAAAAAAAUGACAUUAUCUCACUUUCAGAAAAGGGUAACGGUCUUAUUAGUUUGAAUUCAAACACUUACGACAGAUUCACCGAAGGAAAGCGUGAUUAUGGCCUUGUUGUUGUGUUGACAGCUCUCGGCUCUCAAUUCAAAUGUGUUCCUUGCCGUGAGUUUGACCCUGAAUUUGAGCUGGUUGCCAAGAGUUUACAGAAAAAUAAACAGAAGAAUGAACUAUUUAUGGGCCGUUUGGAUUUUAUGGAUGGUCAACAAGUUUUUCAACGGCUACAAAUAAUGUCAGCACCCAAUGUCCUUUAUUUUCCUCCUCAAAAGGCAGGCGAACAUAAAGACUUCAUUCGAUACGAUUUAAACCAGCAUGGGUUCUCUGCUGAAAAGUUAGCUGAGUUCCUUACAAAUGAAACUGGUAUCAAAGUUAGCGUUAGCCGUCCUAUGGAUUAUAUGAAACUCGCCGUCAAGACUUUUCUCUGUAUCGGUGCAGCAGCAAUCCUUAAAUUGAUUUAUCGUCACUUUGGCUUCAUAUUCUAUCAUAGAAACACAUGGGCUGUUAUUUCUAUUGCAAUUGUAUUGACAAUGACGUCAGGUUAUAUGUGGAAUCGUAUUCGUUCGCCACCAUAUAUUAUGCCUGGUAGAAAUGGAGAUAUUAGUUAUGUAGCAGCUGGCUUCUCUAACCAACUUGGUAUUGAAUCUCAAAUUGUAACUGGUAUCUAUGGUAUCCUCGCCUUUUGUAUUUUCGCAUUGAUCAAAACUGUCCCUAAAUUUGAAAAUCAAACCCGUCAAAGAUUCGGUGUUUACAUAUGGAUGGCAUGCUUUAUUUUUGUUUUCAGCGCCUUAUUUUCUUUCUUCAAAAUCAAGAACGGAGGAUAUCCUUUCAAACUUCUUAUUUAGAUGAAGCAAGCCUGUAUACCAGCGACAUACGUGCAUUUUAUAAAAAGAAGAAAAGCAAAAAAUCUAUAUAAUAUAACAGAAGGAUACAAUUUGAUAUUCU